UCCAGUGAAUGAGUGAGUGCGAAGCAGCUUUUCCCUCUCUCUCACGGUAAUACAGUGUAUCGCUGCUGGAGCCUGGCUGAGGGACGGAGACAGUGAGUGAGUGUGAAGUAGCUUCUCUCUCUCUCUCUCUCUCUCUCUCUCUCACACACACACACACACACACACACACACAGUAACACAGUGUAUCACUGCCGGAGGGACGGAGACAGUGAGUGAGUGUGGAGUAGCUUGUCUCUCUCUCUCUCUCUCUCACACACACACACACAGUGUAUCACUGCCGGAGGGACGGAGACAGUGAGUGAGUGUUCAGCAGCUUGUCACACGCAGACACACUGUAUCGCUGCUGCCGCCGCCCGGCUACAAUGUUGUUGCGAGUUACAAAGCCGGCGGUUCACAUUGUAUCCAGAUCAAGCUGAUCCGGCCCCGCUACCGAGAGAGGGGAUCGCUACAUUCAUUUCUUUUGUCGAUCUCCUUAAUCUGAAGGUCUACUGUGGAUGCCGCUAUCCAACGCCUCCCUAUUGCUGUGUUUAUGGACAAAAAGACAGAUACCAUAAAGAGACAACUUACCGUGAACUGAAACCUGUUCCCUCUAAGGCUGUCACAAGAUUAAAAAUGAUUCAUCAACCAUGGCGUCAACCUUUUGAAAUUAUGUUGAAUGCUUACAACUCUCCUGUCCUGAAGGGAUAUAACAUCACUUCUGCAUUGAAGAAUACAUGCUGCACCUAAGUGUUCCACAUCCUGCUUUUUAAAACUAAGGUCGUGAAUGUGUAUAUUCAUUGUCCAGCAAAUUUUAGGCUGCCAUCAGGGAAGAAAUCCUAUGUAUGAACUAUGAGAUACAGUGCACAAUGUUAUGUGUAUUCUAAGCGUCAUUUCUUCUGUUCACUUUAUUCAACACGUGGUAGAUAUCCAACAGUGAUUUUUCGAAAAGAACAAAAUCACUUAGCCGGCACAACAUCAAAAGAUUCAGGUGUGUUAAUACAUGCAUGAUUGUGCUUUUAAACUGAACAAACAAAGUUGGCACUUCCCUUAUCCUAACCUGAGAGAUGCUCACAAACGUGCCUAGAUGGUUCAUGACAUGGACAGCAACCCGGGUUUGUUCAGCCUCCCUUUGGCCCAAGAUCCCCAUCUGGAGUUGCGCAGGAAAGAACUGACAAGUCUCCCACAUCUCCUGGCCAACUUCAAAGAAGCAGCAGCACAGAGUAAUACCAAGUUGUGUCUCACGGCUGGUUGUAUGAAGGCUGGCUUUAAAGAGAACAGUGAUAUAUAUGAGGCAUCAGAUGAGACUGUGCUGGUAACACUUGCAGCAUAAGACCCUUCCUCCCUUCAUCUGUUUGACAUACAUGAUUCAACACAGUGCUUUUGGAGUUGCUCAACACAGAUUCCAAGACGGCUGCUGGGGACAAGCCAUCGAGCAUGCCUACAGAAAUGCUACAAGCAGAUAGCAUGGUCAAACCUGUUGGUUCAGCAACUACGUUUACGUCAGCUGUUCCUCUUCGCAUACUAAAUAAAGGGCCAGACUAUUUCCGAAGGCAGGCAGAGCCUAACCCGAAAAGACUCAGCGCCGUGGAACGGCUUGAAGCUGAUAAAGCGAAAUAUGUGAAGAGUCAAGAAGUCAUCAAUGCCAAGCAGGAGCCGGUGAAACCAGCAGUGCUGGCAAAGCCGCCAGUCUGCCCAGCAGUCAGGCGGGCAGCAGGUACCCCUUCACAAAAGCUAUCUAACAAUCAUAAAGCAGACAGCACUGCCAAAAGAGAAAACUUGAAUCUGGAAAUUUUGAAGAAUAUAAUUAAUAGCUCAGAAAGCUCCACCUCAGGGUCAGUGCACAAACACACCGCACGGAAUUGGCCCCAGCAUAGACCUGCCUCCACAGAAAUCAACAGGCGCACGUUCACAGAAUCUAUUCAGGUGUACAGUAACCAAGGCCAUGGUAGUCUACAGGGAGACAACCUCAACGUAACCAAGCGAUUGUUUGAAGACCAAGUCAGCGAUUCAGCCCUGCACAUUUCUCACAGUUCCGCAGAUGUGAGGAGGGUUGUUGAAGGGAAGCCUCUAAAACCAAUCCCCAGUAGCAGUUCUGCCCCUCCUGUUCUGCCCAAACCUAAUAUUUCAACAUGUAAUGUACCCAGGUCACCCGCACAAACCCCUCCAGACUUGCCCAACAAUCCAAGCAGACGACCAUCCCUUCAUCGCUCCAAGUCCGAUCUCAGCGACCGAUACGCCCGUGCUAAUGCUGACGUGGAGCGGUUCUUUAAUUACUGCGGACUUGAUCCUGAAGAACUUGAAAACAUUGGAAUGGAAAACUUCACAAGGGCUAAUUCAGACAUAAUCUCCCUGAACUUUCGCAGUGCGAGCAUGAUCAGUUCAGACUGUGAGCAGUCACGACGGAGCAAUGAUGACCUGACAGAUGAUGAGGAAACCAAUGACCGUGUGCCAUAUGGUAUUUCAGCAGUGGAAAGGAAUGCUAGGGUGAUUAAAUGGUUAUAUAGUUGCAAACAAGCUAAAGAAUCCCAGAAAAUAUCUCAUGUUUAAGAAAGGACAAAAAUUUGGGUUGAAUGAGAGGUUUUUGUAUUUUUAUUUUGUCUGUGAAUCUUUUAGUUGUGAAGAAUUGCAAUGUCUACUGGGAUUUUUCUUGCAGAUCUCAAUUCCUCUGUGUUGCUAGCUGUCUGUUCUCUCAUUGCAUGCUCAUUGACUUGAAUUCAGAAUUGGCCUAUACUUCAGAUUAUAUGAAGACAUGGACUUUUCAGUUGUAUUAGAUAUAUGCCUAUAUACAUAUGUAUUGAUCAAAAACAGCACGGGGUACUAUGUCCACAUUUUAUUGUACAUUUCAAACAAUUAUAUGUGAGAACAUAUGGCCUUUGUUGUGUCAGAAUCUAUUCGUAAAUAAUGUAACCAGGAAAAAAGAAAAGCAUCUGUCUGCAAUAUUGCGUUGGCAGUCAUUUUGGUCUUGAAACGCAUGGUACAGACCAUGUAAUCUCUAAUAGUCCCAUAUAACCUGUAAUAGUAGUGAGUUGUCUAUAAUAUUUCUCUUGAAGCUGUCCAAUUUAAUGCAUCAGCAUGGUUCAGCUCUGACAAUCCAUGUCUUCCAAACCUGCUUCGACUGCCAGUCCAACUGUCUGCUGUAAUGUGGUGCUCAGAAGUGAAAAGUACAGCGGGUGAUCUCAUUAACUUGGUCAUUGUUGCUUUUUAAUAGACUUCAGUACUGCACUUCAUUUCAUAAAAAAGACUGGUGCCUGAGCUGAUGGGGAAACCAGAUUUUCUUUUGUACCAUAUAGUCGCUGUUAAGAGUUUGUAAAUACUUUAAAAGAUGUUAUCAGAUCUGUAAAGAAGAAUCUGUUAUACGAAUAAAUAGUUUCCAGUCCAUUCAUCACCA